AUGGAAUCCAUUGGUGAAAGCUCACCACUAGUAGACACCCUUUAUGCUGAAGAUUACGAAGAGGCAGUCACUUCUUCUUGUUGUGGCUGUUUUCAAGGCUUUUGUUGUCGGCCGCGACGAGGAAGCAGCAAUGGCAUGGAGAGAAACCUAAUGCUUAAACAAGAAGAGGUGACGAUAAAAGAUGGUUGGUUGGUGGAGAAGGUGAAGAGAGUUAAAGAGAUAUCAGAAAUCUUGGCAGGACCAAAGUGGAAGAAUUUUAUAAGGAGGUUUAGCAAUAAUAACAAGAAAAGAUCAAGAAUGCAAUGUCAAUAUGAUCCUCAAAGUUAUGCUCUCAACUUUGAUGAAGGAUUUGGUAGGGAAGUUGAUUCUGAAUAUCCUGAUUUUUCAGCAAGAUAUGCGGCUCCAGUUGUGAUUAGCAAGGGAGAGUUGGCACAUGAUACGGCUGUUUUUCAGCUUUAG